AUGGGACUUCCGAUGGAUCCUAAUCUUGCAGAUAUUCAUGUCCCAAGUGGACCUACGUCGAUCCACCAGGCCGAGUCGUUCGAAGGACUCACUCUACACCAACUUAUUGCACGCAAGGACAAUCUCGAAGCAGAACUGAAGGCUUUGGGCGCAGUCCUCGACAGCCAUGGAGUCACCAUGCAGACAAGUCUGACCACAUUUGAUGGUUUUCCGAGAUCAGAUAUUGAUGUGGCGCAAGUACGGGUUACGAGAGCACGCAUUAUUGUCCUCCGCAACGACUGGAAAGUUUUGAUGGACAAGAUCGAGAAGGGUCUUCAUGAACAUCAUGCCAAGUACCAAGCCUCGGACGAAUACAAGAACUCCCUGAAUCAGCCCCGACUACACCCAGAACCUACUCCUACUCCCGAGCAGACACCCUCCGUCCCUGAGAAUCCAUUUGCAAAGGUGAACAGUGUUGAGCCCGGCAGUCCUGCACACGAAGCUGGCCUGAAGGCUGGCGACCUAAUAAGAAGAUUUGGUGCCGCAAUAUGGUCAAAUCAUGAAAGAUUACGCAAAGUUGGGGAAGUUGUGAGCCAGAACCUAGGUCGACCGAUCCUGGUCAAGGUCUCUCGCGGCACAGGAACAGAAGCACAAGAGAUGGACUUGAGAUUGACUCCAAGACAGAACUGGGGUGGGAGAGGCACACUCGGGUGCCACAUUGUUCCCUUAUGA